ACGUUGGGCGGGCGCGAUGGCGGCGUCCCGGGCCCCGCGGCCCCAGGCCCGGCUGCUCCGAACCUAUGGCGGCCUGGGCGGCGGGCGGCGGCGGGGCCCCUGGCGCGGGGCGCGGGCCCGGGUGGCGGCCGCACCCUGGUUCUCCCCGGCCUGCGAGCGCCGGCGCCUCUUCUCCAGCAGCAGCAGCGGCCUGAGCGCCGGCAGCCCCGGCGGGGGGCCCGGCAGCAACAGCCCCGCCUCAGCCCCCGACUCAGACUCGGACCCGGACUUUGAGCCGGGGCUCGUGUGCGGCUCCCCGGGGGCAGCCCCGCGGGGUCUGCGGCCGCGGGCACGGGCCGAGGGCCCCCCCCGCGUGGGCGGACGAGACCCCGGGGCGGCCCGCGGCUCUGCGGGAGGCCCCGGAGGAGGAGGCGGCCGCAGAGGAAGAGGAGGCCGCGGAGGCGGCCAAGGAGAACCGGCCGCACCGCCACGUGACCGAGCGGUCCUGGAGGCUCCGAGCGCGGGGCCAGAGACCCGGCCCCUUCCUCUGCAGCACCCCGGGCCCGCCGCCCCCCGCCCCCAGCCCCAGCACCCCCGCCACUCCCCGUGGCCGCCCAGCCAGGAGCAUCCUGGCCGGCCUCAGCCCGGUCCGCAACCUGAGCCCGGGGCCGGAGCCCGCGCCCGAGGCGGGGGACAGCUCGGCCACCAGCGCCUCCCUCUUCAGCCCCGUGGUGGAGCCCCCGAGGGAGCCCCGCCGGAGACUCCGCCGGAGGAAGGCGGCCCAGCGGGCCCGGGCCACCCCUGGCCUCCCCCUAGGGCCGGAGCAGCCGCCCAGGGCCCUCCCCCAGAGCACGGCCCGCAAGGCCUGCAUCAGCGGCUGCAGCUCGGCCCGCUGGAAGAGGAGCCGGGCCCCCCAGGCCCAGCCCAGCCAGGCCGCCGCGGGGGCGCGGGGCUGGGCCCAGGCGCGGGCCUCGCUCUCCUUUCACAGGAAGAAGGUGGUGGCCGAGCCGCAGCCGGCCGGCUCGCCCUGCAGCUCCCUGCUCCUGGACUCGCCGGGCCCCUCCGGCGGCACCCCCUGGCAGACCUCCUCCAUGUACGUGCUGACCCCCGACAGGUCCUCGAGCGCCGCCGAGAUGGCGCUGUCGGACGCCGAGAAGGUGUUCCGAGAGUGCCAGCAGGAGGGGCCGCUGGCCUUCGGGCACUACCUGAGCCCGGACCGGAUCCAGAGCUGCGACAAGAUCGGGGAGGGCGUGUUCGGGGAGGUGUACCGCACCGUGGCGGAGGACCGCACGGCGGCCCUGAAAGUCAUCGCCAUCGAGGGCCGGGAGCUGGUGAACGGAAGCCCACAGAAAACCUUCGGCGAAAUCCUGCCCGAGAUCAUCAUCUCCAAGGAGCUGAGCCUCCUGUCCGAGGAGUCCCCCAACCGCACCGAGGGCUUCAUCGGCCUCUACGGGGUGCGCUGCGUGCGGGGCCCCUACCCAGACCUGCUGCUCCGGGCCUGGGACGCCUUCCGCAGCCGCCGGGGCUCGGAGAACCAGCGGCCUGACUUCUUCGGGCCGGAGCAGCUCUACGUGGUGCUGGAGUUCGAGUUCGGGGGCACGGACCUGGAGCGCAUGCAGAAGCAGCUGCCCUCAGUGGCCACGGCCAAGAGCCUGCUGCACCAGGUCACGGCGGCGCUGGCCGUG